UCAUAAAUCGCAAAGCAUGCCUUGAAGUGAUGUAUCCUGUUAAAAACACGCUAGGGUGGAAGCGGGUGAACUCAUUUGGACCCAUAAAAGUGAAGAAACUUCACCGGAAACAUGGCGUCUUCUGUAGCAGAGAUGUGCAGCAGGAAGAGCAAAAAGAGGAAAGACUCCUCAGAACACAGGAGAUUCAAAAGAGCAAAGACUGAGCAGGAAGCUGACGAGGCAGUGAAGGAGAGACCCUCUGCUUCACCCAGGGUCUCCAUACAGCUCCAGCGCUUGCAGCAACCAAUCACAUUGAGCGAGCUGACAGAGCUGUUGCAUUUUGCUGCUCUGGGGAAAGCGGGAGGCCUCAAACAGCCCAGCUGGUGCCGACUUCACUGUCAGAAAAAGGUCAAAAGUUUGAAUGUGGUGCUUGUGGAUGGCCUGACACAGAGUCACUUCUACAGGAACUACCUCACCGUGGAGCACCUCAGGACCAACUAUACCACAAGGAUCACCUUCACUCCGUCAUCUAACAACYUAGCAUCGGAAAUCUUCAGCAGCGAGGUUCCUAAAGUGGACAUUUUAUCUGUUUCCAAACAGGAACAAAACCUGCAGAAAGCUCUGAAACACCACCCAGUUAUCACAACAUAUGGGACACACGGGAGAGGAUUAUCCAAGUACAUCCUCACCACAGAAGAAAUGAUUAAGAACCGCUUCCCUGUCAAAGGUAUGCCAGGCUUUGAGGACUUCAGGUGCACAAAGAAUGACGUUUGUGUCACGGAUGACAGCCCUUUAUAUGGACUGGACUGUGAAAUGUGUGUAACAGAAAAAGGAUAUGAGUUGACUCGUGUUUCUCUGGUGGAUGGGGAUGGAAACUGUGUGUUGGAUGAACUGGUGAAACCUCAAAGGCGUGUUCUUGACUACCUUACCAAGUUCUCAGGUGUCACUGCAGCCAUGCUGCAACCAAUCACAACCACCCUGAAGGAUGUUCAAACACAGCUCAUGAUGCUGUUACCAGGUGAUGCAGUUCUGGUGGGCCAUUCGCUCAACUGUGACCUCAUCGCACUGCAACUCAUCCACCGUCAUGUAGUUGAUACGUCUCUGCUGUACAGGAGACAUUUUGGGCAGAGGUUUAAACUCAAGGUUUUGGCUGACAUAGUUCUGAAGAGGCAAAUCCAAACCGAAGAGAGGAUCGGUCACAACCCCACCGAGGACGCUGUGGCCGCUCUGGAGCUGGCUCAGUACUUUAUCAAAACUGGACCACGUCAGGUUGUGGAGCUUCAUCUGGAGGAGCUGUGGGGAUACAAUCUGGAGGAGGAGUCCUCUGAGGUCACAAGUCACAGGUUUGCUGACAUCCUGCAGGCACUUGGUCGGUCUGUGGCCUUUCUAGGAAAUCGUGCGGACGUUGCGUUGAACCUGUCCAAUCAGCAGUGGUUCAGCUCGGACAAAGAGAUGGUGUUAUCAUUCAGGAGACAGACGAAGUGCCGAUUCCUCUCCGUCCUCCAGCUUUCCUCUUUCUCGCACCAUCUGAGACGUCGCGUCACUCAUCAGGAGCAGUUGUACCAGAAUGUGUGUGCUGGUCUUCGGGAUAUGUGCGUUGUGUUUGCUGGGCCUUUCCCCUCGAGUUUCUCUGAGAAAGAAGCAAAGCGCCUGUUUCGAAGCUGCGGACGAGUUCGACAAGUCCAAAUGUUGAACACAGGUGUCCGAGUCCACGCAGAAGUAGAGUUUGAGAUGCUUGAAGGAGCAAUGCUAGCAUUAAAAGUUCUGGACAGACUCAGUGUCCAUGGCCGGCCCAUCAAGGUGCAAAGGCCCGUGCAUGGAUCAGUGUUGGACCUGGAUCUGAAUCUGGAGGCUUUAAUGAGUGAAACACUUAACACGUACAACCUUUAUGCUGUUAAGCUGAGUCGACGUGCAGCUCAGCGUUUAACCAUUUCACCAAAGACUAACGGAUUAAUGCUGGAUGCACAAUGUGCUGGUGUCUCUUGUGAUAAAAUGGUACACAAGCUCCGAUCUGCUAAACUAAACGGUGAAGCGUUGGAUCUCCCUGCCUCGUCUGAACUGUCUGAGGAGACAGUCAGAGAGACAUUUAGCCACUUUGGAACCGUACAGAGCAUCAUCCUGCCUGCCAAACCAAAAAAACAUAUCUGUAUAAAGUUUAAGAGAUCAGAGGCCAAACACGCAGCUCUCAGCUCCUCCGAGGACCUGCUGAAGGACCGUUUUCUCAUUUGCCCAUCCGUGACUCCGCCCCACCUACUUUCGUGGGCUACUCUGGCAACAGAUAAGAAAACCGCAAACACAGAUGAAAAGUGCGCUGAGCAGCUAAGAACAGCCUACARGGACAUCGGUUCUCAGGAUCAAAAAACAAUUCGCACGAUGAAGAAACUGGAUAUCCGGUUAAGAAAAGUCUUCAAAUCCCUUCCUGAUGGCACCCUGUCUGUGGUGGUUCUGCUCGGACAGACCAGCACGAGCGGUGACCAUCCUGGGUUGUGCCUAGUUACAGUCAAAAACCAAUCCUGUGAAAGUUUAAAAUAAACCGAUGAAGUAUCACUGUC